CUUUAUUAUUAUGACUCAUUAUUAUAUUCCCCACAUAAUAAUAUGAAUUACUAUGUAACGUCUUACAAGAGUUUUUAUAUGAAGCAUUUUACAUGGUGGUUUGCAUGGCUGUUUAGCACCAUGCAGCCACAUUAACAAAACUGUUUUGGAGACAACAUAUUUAGGAAAAAUGUGAAUAAUGCCUAAAUAACCUACUACGCAACACUUUUUCCUCCCGUGUAUGCAUUUUUUAGCUGUGGUUACGUUACGAGACAUCAGCAAAGGAUAUCUAGAUAAAAUGAUCUGAAUUUAAUGUGGUCAAGUUUCUACCAUGUAUCUUCCUGCUACGUGUCCUCUGUCUCCGUAUAAAAGCAGAAAACAUUUAUACUUUAGUGUGGUUUACACGUAGCAUUACUGCAAUGAACAUCUGUUGGUUUAUAACUAUCUUGCUACUGCUGCAUUCCUGCAAUCCAGGUGACUGUAUUGUCGGGGGUCAUGUGUCCGUUCCACACAGCCGACCUUACCUGGUCUACAUUCAAGACUCAAGAACUAAAUCAGCGUGUUGUGGUGUUUUGGUAAGAGAAGAUAUUGUGAUGACAACCGCCAACUGCAAAAUGAGUCAUCUUAAGGUGUAUUUGGGCGUCAGUGACACAACUUUGUUACCCACUGGUAUAGAGGUUGAUUCCUUUCCACAUCCAUGUUUCGAGAACAAGCCCGGUAAUGACAUCAUGCUUUUGAAGCUUAAAACUCGAGCAACUUUGAACAAGACUGUGACUAUCAUUGACCUGCCAAAUCCUUGGAAUGACAAAAUCUUAAAGGACUGUUUGGUCAUGGGAUGGGGCUCGACGAAAUAUGAUCAUUAUUCUCCAUCGACAGUCCUGAGAGAAUUAAAGGUCACUCUGAAAGACCUCACAAAUUGUUUUGAACCUGACGUCAUAUGCAAUGAAGACCCAUUCGGCCCUUCACAGGGAGACUCUGGAGGUCCUCUUAUCUGUGGCGGUAUCGCAAUGGGUAUCGUGUCUUUUCACAUGAAGAAGACCGAAGGCUACCUUACAGGAUACACCCGUGUUUCUCAGCACCUUCAAUGGAUUAAUGAAAUCAUGUCAGCACCUCAUCGGAUAGAACGCGGUACUACAACUUGCACACCAGUAACCAAGCAAGUGGAAAAAGCAGUAAGUGAAUUUUUUUAUUAAAGUAUAAAGCGCACCUGUUUUUGAUAGCCAUUUACAUUCAUUACAUAGGACACUGAAGCAACUCCCUCAGAUGAUUGUCCUUUACUUAACUAUAAAUUCACUUACUCAACUUUUUACUGACGGUAAUAACUGUUGUAGGAGUCCACAUCAACGGAAAGGCCUACUACAGAGUCAGCAGAGAAAACUUGUACAGAGGUGAGGGUUUUUAAUUUGACCUCAUUGGGUUAUUUUUCUUUUGCUUUUUUAAUAUAUUGUGAAUUUGAUUUCUAGAAAAAGGGGCACAGAGUAACACUCAUUUCUUGUCUAAACAGAGUCAUCAAAGAUUGAAUAUAUGCCUAAAACCACCAAGACAUUGACUGGAGAUAAGGCUGCUACAAAUGGAAAUUUAGAGUGCUAACCCACUAUUGGACACAGAGUAACAUCGUUUACAGUGUAUAAAAAUAUAUCUUGCUGCAGGUAAAAUACUGAAUACUGCCUGUUAUCCAAGAUGGUUACAAAUAAAAAGCAUG